AUGGGCGCCAACCAGUCGUCGUCGGCCGGCGGGGCCGGCGCAGCUGGAGGGUCUCGGGCAGCAGCAGGCGAUGCCGGAGACGAUGCCUUCUUCGACUAUUAUGAACUGCUCCAGGUAGAGCAGACUGCGACCGUCGACGAGAUCCGCAAGUCGUACCGCAAGCUCGCGCUCAAACACCACCCGGACAAGAACCCCGACAACGUAGAGCGCGCCAACAAGAUCUUCCACAAGCUGCAGGAGGCCUACGAGAUCCUCUCCGACGACCAGGAGCGCGCAUGGUACGACCAGAACCGCGACCGCCUCAUCAAUGGCGAUGGUCCCGACUUCGAAGACGAGGAGGCUUUCGACGCCUUCCGCUCCGGCGCAUCGGCACCCCCGCCCGCCACCUCGUCGGCCCGCGGCAUCACGGCCAAGACCUUGCUCCGCUUCUUUGACCCGGGGCUCGCAAAGGACCUCUCGGACGAUGACAACGGCUUCUUUGGUACCUAUCGCCGCCUCUUUGAGCGCCUUGCCCAAGAGGAAAAGGUGGCCGCACCGUACCCGGGCGAGGAGCUGCUCUUCCCCUUUCCCGCCGACGACGCCUUCCCCACGUUUGGCUACUCGCACACGCCCUACUCUCAUGACGACGUCGCCGUCCAUCAGAUCCCCGUCAAGGACUUCUACGCCGUCUAUCUCAACUUUCAAUCGCGUAAGAGCUUCGGCUGGAUGGACCAGCACGACCUCCGCGACGCUCCCGAGCGCAGGGUCAAGCGCUGGAUGGAAAAGGAGAACAAAAAGGGCCGCGACGCCGCACGCCGCGAGUACAACGACACGAUUCGCUCGCUGGCCGCCUUCGUGCGCAAGCGCGACCCGCGCUACAAGGCGUGGCAGCAGUACCAGAACGAAAACGGGCCCAACUCGGCCGCCGGCAUCGCGCGCAGGCAGGCCGAGGCGGACCGCAUCCGGCAGGAGCGUGAGGACCGCGCCAAGUCGUUCCAGGCGCAGAGCUGGCAGAUGGCCAAUACCGCCGUCUACAGCGAUUCCGAGUUCUCCGGCGGCGACGACGAAGACGAGGACGAAGCGGAAGGCGGCGAAGAGGACGACGCCGAAGGCGAGUACGGAUCACAGGACGGAGGAGAGGCUGGCGAGGGGAUAGACAGCGAUGGCGGCGGCGCGGACGGCAUGCAGACGGACGCCUGGGACUGCGUGGCCUGCGACAAAUUCUUUCGGUCGGAGGCCGCCUUCCGCAACCAUGAGCGCAGUGCCAAGCACCGGAAGGCGGUGGCCGCUCUGCGACGGCAGAUGCAGGCAGAGGAGGACGAGCUCGGCCUAGGCAUCGAUAGCGACGACGACGGCGACGGCGUGCCGUUGGCAGAGGACGUCAGGGCGAUGGGCCUGCAGGACUACGGCGACGAAGAUGACGACGCCAGCCUUGGAGCUAUGCCGGCACCUGGCUCCAAAAAGAAGACGAAAGCCGCCAAGAAGCAGCAGGCCAAGGCGCAGGCGGCCCUGGCCGGCGAUACCGCUGAGGAUGGUCAGCAGUUUUCCGCAGGCUUCUCAAUACCGUCGCUCAGCGCUGCGGCGGGGGCUGCGGCUGCCGCAAGCGGCGGCAGCAAGAGCAAGAAGCAGAAGAAAAAGGACAAGAAGCGCAGGGAGAUGCAGGGCGCUGCAGCCGGGAUGGGGAUGGACGAGGACGGAUACUUUGUCCAGGACCUCAACGAGGCGCAGCAAAGGUCGCGUCGUGGCAAGAAACAGGGCGCGCCAGGGUUGAGCGACGACGACGAUGCCGACGACGACGAUCAAGACGACGGCCGAGGCGGUGACGAUGUCCACCACCUAAGCAACGGUGCGGCCCUGUCAGCCGACGCCGCAGCAGAGGAGCCGGAGCUGAAGCCGGACUGGGGGGAUUUGGUGGACCCGGUGAUCCCGCCGGAGGCGUUUGUCAAGACGGUACCCGGCCCGCUCGCGCCCGGCGAGCGCCCAGCGGGCUCGUUUGACAUCUUUGGCUACGGCUCGCUGAUCUUCAAGCCGCCGCCCUACAUCAUCGGGGCGACGCCAGGGUUCAUCAAGGGCUUCGCUCGGCGCUUCGCGCAGAGCUCGAUCGAUCAUCGCGGCACGCCGAAGCGGCCCGGGCGCGUGGCCACGCUCGUGUCGGCCGAGGACUGGCACCGGUUCAAGGAUGCCGACGAUGCGCCCGAGGGCGACAUCGUGUGGGGUGUCAGCUAUACCAUCGCCCCGGAGCACGCCGCGACUGUGCGCGCCUACCUCGACUACCGGGAAAAGAACGGAUACACGGCGCAAUCAGUCGACAUCUGGGGCGUUCGCAAGCGGGGCCAGGGUGCCAUAAGCAGCAUCGAAGAGGCAGGCCUGGGCAAUGCCGACUCGCCGCAUCCGACGGCAAACGGCGGGCCAACCCGUACUGGGGAGGACGAGGAAGAGGAGGUCGUGAUCGUCAAGGACGCGCUCGUCUACGUCGGCCUGCCAAGCAACCCGGCAUUCGUGGGCCCACAGCCGCUGGCGCAGCUGGCGCGGCGCAUCCACAGCUGCCAGGGCCCCUCUGGCCGCAACGACGAGUACCUGCUCAACCUGGCCGAGGCGAUCCGCAACCUGGCGCCGCAGAGCGUCGAUGCGCACCUGUUUGAGCUCGAGCGGCUGGUCCUCGAGCUGCGAUCUCAGAGCGGCGAUGGGAGCGGGCGAGCUGAGGCCUCGGUCGAAGAGGGCGACGAUGCGCCCGAGGCUGGGGCAGCGGCAGGCAAAAAGGGGCGACGUGCCAAGAAGGACCGCAAGCAGGGAGGCGCCGCGGGCGAGCGGUGCAACGUGUGCUCGACGUCGUUCGACUCCCGCUCCAAGCUCUUCAACCACAUCCGUGAGACGGGUCACGCGCUAGCAACGGGUGCCGCGAUCGCCGACGACGAGGAUGCAGGCGGGGCGGGCGGGAAGAAGAAAAAGGGCAAGAGGCGGUAG